GGGACGCUGACGUGUGCAGUGGGCUUUUUCUUUCCCUGAACGAAGGUGGGCCGAGCAAAGGAGCGUGACGCAAGAGGGGGCUGUGUCCCGUCGAGCGAGCGCCUCUGCCUCCAGCUCGCUGAGCCCAGUAGCGCCGCAAACUCGCAGCGGCGGCCGGCGCAGCGGCGGGGCGGCAGCGGGGAGGCUCUGUGCGCCCCACUCCUGAGUCCUCGCCGGGCGCCCCGUGCUGAGUGCGCAUCCCUCACCGCACCCGAGCUCCGCCUGGCUUUUUCCAGCUCUUCAUGCUGCCCAGCUAAAGCGAAGACAACAUGGGCACGGGGGAUUUUAUCUGCAUUUCCAUGACUGGAGGGGCGCCCUGGGGCUUCCGACUGCAGGGUGGCAAGGAGCACCAGCAGCCUUUACAAGUGGCAAAGAUUCGAAGCCAGAGCAAAGCCUCUGGGUCCGGGCUGUGUGAAGGAGAUGAGGUGGUUUCUAUCAAUGGCAACCCUUGUGCGGACCUCACCUACCCAGAAGUCAUCAAGCUCAUGGAAAGUAUAACAGACUCCCUCCAAAUGCUCAUCAAAAGACCCUCCAGUGGAAUAAGUGAGGCUUUGAUCUCUGAAACUGAAAACAAAAGCCAUGAGCAUCUCACCCAAGCAGAGUAUGUGGAAAGCACCACCCUCCAGAUUCGCUCAGCCACAAACACCCAGUACAGAGAGUUUUUAGUGGCCCCAACCCAGGAUGGAGUUAUCCCAGCUGAGGACCAAAGAAGUGGUCCUGGGUGUUCAGGAAACGCGGAGGAGGAAGCCUGCCUCAGCCAGCAUGGGGUCCCCCAAGUGCUGAACUCCCAAGGAGAAGUCUUGACAGAAGAAGUUAUCCUAAGGCAGCCAGCUGAGGCUGGGCAGCCAGGCCCUGUAGUGGAGUUACAACUGUCGCUUUCACAGCCGAGACCGGAGGGUCCUGUGCUGGCUCUCUUGGGAGCUGAAAAAUCUCUGUCUCCUGACCCAGACCCGACUUUACAGCCGGAAAAGAUUAUCCACAUCAAUUCGGUCGCUCCUCAGGAGAAGCCAGACCCCUGUCUGAAGUCCAGCAAGAUAAUCCAGCUCUCCAGUGGCAGCGAGCUGAGAGUGACCCAAGGCGGUGGAGCAGAUGAGGCAGAGCUGCCCCGAGUGGAAGUCAUCCUGGACUGCUCUGACAGGCACAAGGCGGAAGGGCGCUGGCUUCAGCCAGGAAAGGAGUGUGUGGGCUCUCCUGUGGAAGGAGGGCAGUCUGAAGCACCUCCUUCUCUGGUAUCCUUUGCCGUCUCAUCAGAAGCCACAGAGCAGGGAGACGCUGCACGCUCAGACAAGGAUCAAAGCAGACCACACAAGCACAGAGCGCGACACGCACGGCUCAGGAGGAGCGAGAGCCUAUCAGAAAAGCAGGUGAAAGAAGCCAAGUCUAAAUGCAAAAGUAUUGCCCUUCUCCUAACAGAGGCCCCCAACCCCAACUCCAAGGGGGUGUUGAUGUUUAAGAAGAGACGGCGGAGGGCCAGGAAGUACACGCUAGUCAGCUACGGUACUGGCGAACUUGACCCAGAGGCAGACGAGGAGGAAGAGGGUGACAGAGAGGAUACUUGCGAAGUUGCGUUUCUGGGCACCAGCGAAUCGGAGGUGGAUGAAGAGCUACUGUCUGACCUUGACGAUAGCACCCAAGUUGUGAACUUUGACUGGGAUUCUGGACUGGUGGACUUUGAAAAGAAACUGAACCGAGACGACAAGAUGGAGAUGUUGCCGGAUACCACGGGAAAGGGAGCCCUCAUGUUUGCCAAGAGGAGGGAGAGGAUGGAUCAGAUCACAGCCGAAAAAGAAGAGGAGAGGGUGGCUGGGGUGCCUGGCGUAGAACUAGAGGCUGCGCAGACAGAUGGCCUGAGAACCGUGACUUCCUACCAAAGGAAGGAAGAAGAAACCGUGAGGGUACAGAGCGCUGUGAGCAAGAGCUACAUCCAGAUGAGCCCUGGUCCCGGCCACGGGCCGCAGCAGAACGGCCUCAGUGGGGCUACGGAUCCGGCCGAGGUGCAGAGGGCAAUGCCCAUGAACAGAACAGCCAAGCCCUUCCCAGGAUCAGUGAGCCAGCCAGUCACGCCUUAUUCUCCCACCCGAAACCUGACAAGUCCCAUCUCUGACUUUCCAGCGCCUCCACCCUACUCAGCAGUCACACCUCCACCAGAAGGGUUCCCCAGAGGGGUGUCCAGCCCGACUGCCGGCCCAGCCCAGCCCCCGCCGUGGCCACAGCCUGCUCCAUGGUCCCAGGCGGCCUUUUAUGAUGCAACUGAGCGAAUAGCCUCCCGGGAUGAGAGGAUCGCGGUGCCAGCCAAAAGAACUGGCAUACUGCAGGAGGCCAAGAGAAGAAGCACGACGAAACCCAUGUUUACUUUUAAGGAGCCCAAAGUGAACCCCAAUCCAGAACUCUUGUCACUUCUUCAGAAUUCAGAAGGCAAACGGGGCACUGGAGCUGGGGGCGAUUCUGGACCUGAGGAAGAUUAUCUCAGCCUUGGGGCAGAAGCAUGCAACUUCCUGCAGGGCUCCUCUGCCAAGCAAAAGACCCCACCUCCUGUGGCCCCAAAACCUGCAGUCAAGUCCUCUUCCUCCCAGCCAGUCACUCCAGUGUCUCCCGUCUGGUCUCCAGGAGUGGCUCCCACCCAACCUCCUGCCUUCCCCACAUCCAGUGCAUCGCAGGGCCCUGUGGUCUCCUCCAUCAAGAUAGCACAGCCUGCUUAUCCUCCUGCUCGUCCAGCAAGUUCGCUGAACCUAUCUGGUCCCUUCAGAGGACCUCAAGCCGCAGUAGCCAGUCAGCACUACACCCCGAAGCUGGCAGCUGCCACACCGGCUGUGAAUGCCCAUGCGGGUGCCAUGGGACCAUCCAACGAGCUUCCAGGGAUGAGUGGCAAAGGAGCCCAGCUCUUUGCCAAAAGGCAGUCAAGAAUGGAGAAGUAUGUGGUCGAUUCAGACACGGUGCAAGCCCAUGCUGCACGGGCUCAAUCUCCCACACCAUCUCUUCCAGCCAGUUGGAAAUACUCCUCCAAUGUGCGGGCACCUCCUCCUCUGGCCUACAACCCUAUCCACUCCCCCUCGUACCCACCGGCUGCUGUCAGAUCUCAGCCAUCAGCCCCACCGGCCUCCAAAGUGAGCAAGAAAAAGGGGAAGAAACCCCUCAAUGCCUUGGAUGUCAUGAAACACCAGCCGUAUCAGCUCAAUGCAUCCUUGUUUACUUUUCAACCUCCAGAUGCAAAGGGUGGUAUCCCCCAAAAGUCAUCAGCCAAGGUCAAUUCGACUCCUACUAUAAAGCAAGCACUUCCCCCUCGACCAAUGAGUGUUGGCUCAGCCACACAUGGGCAGGCUUCCUCAGUGUACUCAGUGCCAGCCUACCCUUCUCAACCUCCCUACUUUGCAGAGGCCUCGUCUCCUGUCAGCGCGUCCCCCGUGCCUGUGGCUGUUCCCACUUCGCCAAAGCAAGAAGCAGCCUCCUCGUCCUAUUUUGUGGCACCGAGGCCAAAGUUCUCAGCCAAGAAAAGUGGUGUCCCAGUCCAGGAGUUUGGGCGUUCCCUCUCUGUUCCUGGACAACCAAUGCCUCCCACCAUUUCUACAGUACCUCCAUGCGGAUACCAAGCUGCCUAUAAUUACUCUAGCAAGUCCAUUGGUGGGCUAGAGAAAGCAACCAAGAGACCAACCCCCUGGGAAGCAGCAGCUAAGUCUCCCCUUGGUCUAGUGGAUGAAGCCUUUGGACCCAGAAGCAUCCAGGAAUCCAUUGUGGCAAAUGUGGUCUCAGCAGCGCGGAGGAAGGUGCUUCCAGGGCCCCCACAGGAUUGGAAGCAGAAACUGUCCUGUGGUCCUCAAACCCAGAAGGGCAACAGUGGUUCAUUUAGAAAGCAAGAAUAUAAUGUCACAGCCUUAGCAAAUAAUAAUAGUCUAUCCAGCAGUUCCCAAUAUGGCUUCCAGUUGCCAUAUGGGUAUCAUAGGCCAACCUCCAGAAAUGAUUCUGAAAUAAUGUCCCUGGAGACUAGGUCCGAGUACUGUCUUCCAGUAGCUGAUUACAACUAUAACCCACACCCAAGGGGAUGGAGACGCCAAACAUGAAAGCUACGAGAUCUGAUGAUGUACACACGAUGAUUCUUCCUGAUGCUCCUUUGUAGGGUUUUUGAUGUUUCUGGUAGCUUUGCUUCACUUCUUGUUCUUAUAGGUUAUUGAUCUGAAUUUGUGUGUGUUUAUAUGAUAUGCAUAGGUGAGUGAAUAAUUUCCUCUUUUGUUGAUACACAAGAUAAUUUUUCUGAAGAAAAAAUGUCAUUUUCUGCUUUGACAUGCUGACACUUAAACAGAACUCAUAAUCCUAAUGACAUUUAUAUGGCAUAGUCUAAUCAAUUGAACUCCACUCAAUCAAAAUGAAACUAAACAUUUUCUUGUAUGUCCCUUAGUCCAGGAGGGAAUGAAUGGAAUAUGGUAUGCUUAUUAUCAGUAGCUGUAGUAACAAUGAGAAAAUUUCAAUGGAAACAUGCUAUAAUGAGUAAGGAUCAUGAAAAAGGAACUUCCUCAGUGUUAUUUCAAACAUUUUUCUGAAACACAUUUUAUGUCUAACGAGAUUCAGAUUUUCUUAAGAAUUGAAAUAUAGGAAUUCUCAGAAAAAAAUCAAUAUAAAUAAAUAUAAUUAUUAGAUAUUUGAAGGAUUUGGGGAGUAAAUUAUGUAAUGUGUGUACAAGUGAAAUAAAUAUAAAAUAUAUUUCUUCUAACCUAUUUUAGAGCCAGCAGCCCAAUAUAGAAAUAGAACAUGAUUUGGGUAUUCCAUUUUGUAAAAUGAGAAGAUUGGAUGAUCAAAUCUCUUAUCAGCUCUGAUAUUCUGGGAUGCUCUUGUUAGUAAAAUGACCUUUGUUGCAUUGAUCAUAUUCUGUUGUUUGUCAUAUACCUAUUAGGUUAAGUGCAUCCCUGCCUGUACUAUCAGAGGUCCCAGAAGGAUUGCUGGACAGCAGGUUUUGUGUUACGUGUUACAUGGAGGGAGAGUUGAUGUGAAAAAAAAAUCUGCUAAUGGAUUUAAGGUAAUGAUAGAUGAAUAUGCCUGUUACUAUGCAAGUGUAGGUCAUGAUCAUUUAUGUGAUUACAGAGAACAUGCCAAAGAGACAUGGGUACUUUUGGUGCUUCUCUAGACAGUUGCAAGUGGGAUGUUCCAAGAAAAUUAAUCAGCAAUUUUCUGACCCAUGACUCUUUACCACAAUCAUAAACAAUCACUUCAAACAACCACUGCUUACUACUCUACCCACAAAGCAUUAGAGGACAUUCAAAAUAUUUUAGGUAUCUAGCAUAGUUUAAAAUAUAAUAUCUUGAGUCUUCAAAAUUUGUUCAGGUUUUCAAACGUGAUAAUUUUGUUUUGUUUUACUUUGUUGACUCUUGAAUUCACCAUGUUCUCUUUCACAGAAUAAAAAAAUUCCAUAGUGUAAAUAUUCCUUUACUUUAAAAGAAAGGGUUUUUAAAAAUAGGUAUAUUUAGUAGUAGAACCAGAAAAACAUUAAUUAGUUCAGUUAUAUUAUCUUAAAUUGAUAUGGUGCUAAUUCUGUCAAGGAAUAAGAUGUGAUUAUUGACUCCCCCAAAUUUCCAUGAAAUCUUAAAAAAUAAUACCUGAUAUGUGGAUUAGGCCAUCAACAAAUUCCCAAGAAUCCUUCACAUAAAAUCCUUCCUUUGUUCAAAAUGUAUUGAAUCAUUCCAUAUUUAAGAGUUUUUUAAGACAUGGAGAAUUUAGUGGAAAAGGUUUUGCUUGUUACCGCCAUAUUCCAUUUUAUUUCUUUCUCUUACAAGUGUUAGUUAUUUCUAUCAGUUGGUACACACUAUACUUGUCUUGUUCACUAAAAGUUUCAUUAGACUCAAAAGAGAAGCAGAUGUUUUAAAGUUAAAUAUUAUUAUAGAACACUCUUUCUUUGUGCAAAUUAGAUCAACAGUGCUUGCAUGAUCUGAAUCAAUUCUGUACAUCAAGAAAAUGACAUGUGGCAGGAAAGCUGCGCAUUUUUGAUUCACAAGGAAAUGAACUUCCCAUAUUUUAUUAGAAAUGAGUGUUUCAAGAAGUCACACUUUGCAGAAGAUAAUUCUGAAUAGCAAAAAUUCCACUGUCAAAUCAACUCGAAGUGUAAGUAUUUUUCUCCAUGCUCCUUGAAAAUGGACAAAGUUAGAUCGCUUGUGCCCAAGCCAAUGGCUGCAAUGGGGCAUCUAA